AUGACUUCAGUUUCAAACAGUAGAUCUCCGAGGGAGUUCCCACGGCCGGCACAGCGGGUGGCCAAGCAACCCGAAGAUGUCUGGUCCAUGAUCAACAAUGCCGCCGCACAGUCACCCGUCCAACCUGUCGUCAACAUGGGACAGGGCUUCUUUGGCUAUAACCCCCCUGAAUUCAUAUUAAAUGCUGCCAAGAAUGCUCUUGAUCGAGUCGACGCCAAUCAAUACUCCCCAGCCAAGGGCCGACAAAGCCUCAGGAACGCACUCGCCUCGCACUACUCCAAGAGCCUGGAGCGAGACCUCAACCCAGACACCGAGGUAGUUAUCACCACUGGCGCAAACGAAGGCAUACUCAGCGCCUUUAUGGCAUUCGUCGAAGAGGGGGACGAGGUGAUUGUGUUUGAACCGUACUUUGAUCAGUACAUCAGCAAUAUCCGCAUGGCUGGUGGCGUCGUUCGAUAUGUGCCCCUGAGCCCCCCAGCAGACGGGGACACGGAGACCUCGUCUUCAGGGGAUUGGAAGCUGGACAUGGAGAAGCUGAAGAGUACAUUCAGCCCAAAGGCACGGAUGCUGGUGCUCAACUCUCCCCAUAAUCCCGUGGGAAAAGUCUUCUCGACUGAAGAGCUGAGCGCCAUCGGCAAGCUGUGCGUUGAGCACAACACCAUCAUCAUCGCCGACGAUGUCUACGACAGCUUGACGUACGUUCCCUCAAAGCGCAUGGCCACGCUCUCACCCGAGAUUUGGAACCUCACCCUCACGGUGGGCUCCGCGGGCAAGACUUUUUACGCCACGGGUUGGAGGAUAGGAUUCCUCAUCGGUCCGGAGCAUCUAGUCAAGUACGUCGCCGCGGCACACAUGCGAAUCUGCUACUCGAGUCCGAGUCCGCUCCAAGAGGCCUGUGCUUCGGCUUACCAGCUGGCUGAGGGGGUGGGAUUCUGGGAGAAGUCGCGGGACGAGAUGCAGGGCAAGAUUAAACGCUUCGUCCAGGUUCUCGACGAGCUGGGCCUGCCAUACACAGACCCCCAGGGGGGUUACUUUGUCCUUGUCAACUUUUCGAGACUGAAGUUCCCAGAGGGCUAUGCGUUCCCUAGCAGUGUUGCAUCUCGGCCGCGAGAUUUCAAGUUGAGCUGGUUUCUCAUCACGGAACUCGGGUUGGCAGCGAUCCCACCGAGUGAGUUCUACCUCCCGGAGAACUCGCACGUAGCCGAGAACUUUUUGCGAUUUGCCAUCUGUAAGGAGGACAGUGUUCUCGAAGAUGCCAAGGAGAGACUUAGAGGGUUGAAGAAGUAUCUUGGAUAA